GACGCCCGCAGGAGUGGGGCAGCCAUGGAUUCCCAAGCGAUGCGGGAGGAGAUUGAAGACUCCCUCACACAUAUCGUUCCUCGCAAACCGUUCCCACAACGCAUUGACGAUACCAUAUUCCUCGAGGUGACAGAACUUCUCAGCCAGCAUCCGGACAAACUGCUCAAACCAUGGAGCGAAAACCCGCGCUUGUACACGUUGUUGCGCAUGCUAGGCUACCAGAUUGAUUCCUCCGUCUUCCAUACGAUCGACAUCACCGACUUUUGGCUUCCUCUUGCUCCCACCAUCUUGGAUCAACUGCCAAACUCACCCGACAUCACUUCGAGAGAUUGGUACGGGGCUCAACGAACUGUUCUGAGCAAACCCGAGCUCAUGAAUGAAGACAAAUUCCUGUCUCAUUCUAACGAGCACCGAUACAUAAGAACCGCCAACUCGCAUUUCGAGGAGAUUGCAAAGAUCGGAGUCGGGGGGUCAGCAGAGGUGACCCACGUACGACACAAAUUGUCAGGCAAGCAGUUUGCUUGUAAGCGUAUCAUACGCGCAGAAAAUGUGAAGUCUCAGCGGGACCAGCUUAUCGAAUUCGAACAAGAGCUAGGAGUGCUGAAGCGUAUAAGCCACCGUCAUACGGUGAUGUUGGUCGGAAGUUUCACGGAUUUCACAUCUUUCUCACUCAUCUUGAGUCCAGUUGCGAAAGACGUGCUCAAGUCCGUGCUUGAGCGCCAAUCUCAUCAAAAACCGUUACCAGAGUCAGAGCUCGCUACGCUGCGUCAAGCGUUUGGAUGUCUCGCUACUGCACUCGCUUAUCUUCACGAACAGAAAGUGCGGCACAAGGAUAUCAAACCCGGCAACAUUUUGUUGAGCGAUGGUCGGGUAUAUCUUUGUGACUUCGGUAUCUCCCGAGACUGGUCCAAGGAUGAGAAUUCUACGACGGAGGGCGACGUGAUGAAAUUUACACGGCGCUACUGUGCUCCCGAGGUGGUCGAACGAGAUCCCAGGAACACCAAAUCCGAUAUAUGGUCACUAGGCUGCGUGUACAUGGAAAUGAUCAGCAUCAUCAAGGGAUACACCAUCGAAGAAUUAAACGAUUUUUUCCUACGAAACAGCGAUGGACUUAGCAGUCAAGGUCUUUGGCGCGCUCCGGAGGCGAUCAGUGCCUGGCUCGUGAAGCUCAAAAGCGAUAACAGUGAUUCAGCAGAUAAUGUUGCAUUGGAGUGGAUUACGCCAAUGAUUCGAUCGGAUCCUGCUGAACGUCUCAAAUCUGCCGGUAUAGUCAGCAUGAUCCACAAGACAUCUGCCGGUCUUCCGCGUCACGAUCUGUUCAUUGCUUCCUGUUGCGCACGUGUGGAUAGCAUUGCUCCGAUAGACAGUCCCACCCUUCAUGACCCCACGGGCCUUGGUAUCAAAAGUGAACCUACCCCUCUUUCGACCUUUCCAAACAUACGUGGGAACAGCAGCUCGCCAUCACCAGACAAAAGGAGCGAGGGCUUUUUUAGCCCUCGCUUUAAUAGCCAUCGCUCUGAUAGCCCUCGCUUUAAUAGCCAUCGCUCUGAUAGCGAUCGUGACCGAACGCCAUCCCCGCACACGCAAAGCUUCAGCCAGUGCGGUAACUCGACUGUGAGCCCUCUACCUUCUGAUACUGUUCAACGGUCUAGCCAUAGCUACAGGCCGCAUGAACGAAUCUCCUCGUCUAAUAGCGAGCGGACGUCAAGUAUACUUCUCUCAAGCGUUCCUAGUAGCUCUACUCCAGAUUCCGACACCAUUACACUUCCGUCCUCGCGUAGGCAGCCUGUAGAGCCACCCGCGACUCAUUAUGAGUUGAAAUGCGGCUGCAGAUUACUUUCAAACGAAAAACACAUUUUCAACUCCGCUUACUCUCAGGUUACACCAGCCCGGUUCGAUCGCGACAAAAAAACAAUGCAAGUUUGCUCUAUGUGUGAAAUUGGUGAUAACAGAGUACAGAUAUAUGAAAGCGCUGCUCAGGACCCGAUGGCGCAACCAGGCUCGGUUCCAAUGUUGUGGUGGGUUACCAAACGUUUGGUGAUUAGUUAUAUCUCGGGCGAUCCUGAGAUGCGGCAUUGCAAUUCAUUCUGGGUGCCGCUGGCAGAUUUGAGGUUCGAGUUGACAGAAAGCACGGUGAAACUGAGCUGGUCAGACUGUAACCAAAUGACUCAACGAAGCGCUGGGAAUUAUCAACAAGAUUACGAGUGGGUCUACGAUCCGAAUGCGCCAAAUAAUGCGAUAGAGAUCCCUUUCAACAAUACGGAUGAUGCACAACAAUUCAUCGCUGCCAUUACCUUACCGUUUGACGACGAUAUUACCGUCACAUACACGAAGCGAAUCCAGAUAUCUGACACUUCCGAAAUCGACAUCUUUGAUGUUGGCCGUCCCGGGGUCCGAAACUAUCGCGCCGCCACACUCAAAAACAGGACCUUCUCCGGCACCAUAACCUCCAAAUUUUACGUUAUCUGGCCAGAGAUCGACCUCCGAAUCGAAAACACAAUCUCUCACGACCCUAACGUCGCCUACGAAAUGGAAAUCGACAUCAAUAACAUCAACACCCCAACAUACCUGAGCGACACCAUUGGGGAACCAGCCGCCGACUACGACAGAGUCGCCCACUUCAGUAAAGCACACCAGAUCAAGACAAACAUGGUCGUGCGAUUCCCAGUGCUUCCAAAUCACCGCUUUCCCGCACCUCCUCCAGCAGCUGCCGAGAUGCUGCAAAGCCUGACUGGCUGGACCCUCUCCUACUUCGCAAUCGUAUCGAAAUUUCGUUCGAAAAACAGGCGUAUAGGAUCAAAGCGCUUCGGCCGCUCAGACGUCAUGCUCUGGGAAAAAGAAGUCGACGACAGAGCUGCUGGCAUCAAGAGGCGCGGCGCAGCCGUUACUUUCAGACUCCACGAGGAUACUGGAAUGAUCUGGGUCAGCGGCAAAAUCAACGCGUCUACUACUAUCGAGUACUCUUCCGGACUGGAUGCGACUGUCACCGUAGCGAACAAGUCGCAAGGAAGAUUGCUGAUUGUUAGUAAAAUGGUGGCGUCGGAGUCUGAGAAUCCGGCUGAGCAGAGACAUUCGAGGGGUAGUUCGCAUGUGGAGGCGGAGCUCUCCGAUUUGGUGGUUACGUUCGAGAAUUCGAGGUAUCGUUUGGAGUUUGUCAAACUUGUUGAGGAGUACAGGGCUGCGGCUACAGAUGCGGCACCUUCCGAGUCGAUGCGUCGGGUAGGCAGUCUGGCGUCUUCGAACGAUUCGUUGAGUCCGCCUAUGCGUUAA